CAUGAUUGUGUCACACUGUUGUGUGAGAUCGUCCAGGCGGCUGAGUUUUCAUGGGUCGCUCUCCAUGUGGAGUUGUAUAAAAGCAGAUGCUUGUACAGAAAAAUCUCUAUAACAACCUCUCCCAUCAUUUUCAUUUCAGCCGAAUUCAGCACAUCUAUUGAGAACCUGCUGACGGAAGGCUGGGCCAGGGUGAAGAACUGCGUGAUGCUCACUCUAUAGACCAGGCUACCCUCUAAUUCAUUGUCAUCUGCGUGCCUUCAUCUCCUGAAUGCUGGGAUUAAAGGCAUGUACCGCCACCUCCCUGUCUGAAUCUCACCGUUUAUGUGCCCCUCUGUGUCUCCUUUCUUCUUCCUCUCAUUGUCCCAAUUCCAAGGACCAAAGACAUGCUGGAUGCAGCCAUUAGUUCUGCCUUGAGUUCCUGCCCUGACUUCCCUCAAUGGAGAGCUGUUGUCUGGAAGUAGAAGCUGAAAUAAACUUACUUUUGGUACUCAACAUCUGUCAGAUCAACAGAAAGUUCCUGGCUUGAGUUCCUGCUGUGUCUUUUUUCAAGGAUGGGUGGCAACUUGCAAGCCAAAUAAACCCUUUCCUGGCCAAGCUGCUUUCGGCCAGUGUUUUAUCACAGUAACAGAAGGGGAGCUAGGGCUCCUGCUCUGGCUUCUACAUGGAGUACCCCACGUUCACAUUCACAGGCAUGCCGCACACAUGCAAGAAGGUACCCCGGCCUGGUGGCCCCAGGACGUUGCCGUCGGAUGGCGGAGUGCUGUGACCGACGCCCAUGAAGCCGGUGGUCCUAGUUGCGCUGUGGCUAUGGCCUUCGUUCCUGCUGGCGUAUCCAACCAUAACUGUGUUGCCCGAUGAAGAGCAGAAUUUGAAUCAUUAUGUACAAAUUUUACAGAACCUCAUAAUGAGUGUCCCCACCAGGGAGCAGGCCUUUGGGAAGAAGUUGAGGUCGGCAAGAACUGUGGAUGGUGGAGAGGCGAGGCCAUUGUCAUCUGAUGCGCUAUUCACCCCCGGGUUAGUCUCGGUUCAAGAAGUCACCCCGGAGACGGAUGUUCUGGUCAGGUCCCUGGAGGAAAAGACAACCUUCCCUUCUAGCGGCUUCACGCUGGGGAUGGAGAGGACAAGAAGAACCCAAAGUACACCAUUCUGGUCCAUCCAGCCAAACAACGUUUCUAUUGUUUUACACACGGAGGAACCAUAUAUUGAAAAGGAGCCUGAGCCAGAGCCGGAGCCGGAGCCGGAGCCGGAGCCGGAGCCGGAACCUGAGCUGGAGUCUAGGCCGCUUGAGCCUGAGCUGGAGCCAGAGGCUGAGUCGGAGCAGGAGUCUGAACCGCAGCAACUGUCAGAGUCCGAGGAAGAGACAGAGACCAGCACACCGCGAAACAAGGUGCUAACGGGGACCUCACGGAUGUCAUCCAUAGUCACCCAGCCAACUAGCACCCAGGCAACACGUGUUACUGUUACAGUAAAGACCACCAACAGCUUGGAUGUCUCCACAGACUCUGAGGACGUGCCCCAGCUCUCGGGCCAGUCGGAAAUCUCGAGUGCUGAAGACUUCUCUGGACAUCACUCACUGAAUACGAGACAUGAGGAUAUUUUGAGAAAAAUUUCCGAUAUUAAUGCACAGAUUCAGCAGGGGCUUCUUGGUGACCAUAGUGGUCCCGAGUACAAGGACUUCAUCAAGGCCUCCAGGGAGCACCUGAAACAGAGCCUGGCGCUGGCCGCAGCCGCCGAGCACAAGUUGCAACAGAUGUACGGAUCUAACGUCUUCCCAGAGGGACGGACCAGCGAACCAGACGAUGACAUGGAAAUGAUUAUCAAUAUGCUGUACAAUUCCAGGUUCAGGUUGUCAGAUUAUUUCAAUAUUAAGCAUGUACCAUCAGAGCUGAGAGAAAAGGCUUCCGUCGUGACUGCUGUGUUGAAAAAAAUAUUAUGUGUAGAUCAGGUAGAAAUGCAACGCCUCAUUAAGAAGCUGUUAAGCAAUAAUAUGAAAAUCCUAAAUAUUCUUAAUGUCCCAUGACCAAACUCAUUUAAGCAAAGGGCUUGUUCACAGGAAAAUAAGCAUAGUGAUUUCAAAAGUUGCCUAAAAUAUUUUCUACUAUAUUUCCAUGUGCUAACAUCCUUGUGUGUCAUCAUAAAAUAUUUUCAUAUGCACUAGAAUUCUAACAAUUUUAAAAUAAAAAUUUGCUUUGUGAGUUUGUAGUUUUUUUUUCUCAUAAAUUUAAGUUGUGAAGAGCUGGCCUCUACAGUGUUUCAGAUUUGCUUCUACUUAGUUCACGGACUGCUUGUGCUGUGUCAGGUUUUAAAGAACUGCUUACAGUUUUGAAUCCACUUGCAGAGCAUCUGGGUUUUUUGUAUGAAUGGUACCCUCAAGGCUGGUGUCAGAAGCUCUCCCAUGUGGUGCAUGUUGCUUCCUUGGAAAGUGGGUUAUGUACUGGGGUCAUUAUGGGGGACCCUAGCCUGGAACUGUAACGAGGGUUAUCCUCACAAUUUCCUCCCUUGCCUUGCACACAAACACUUUAAAGAUUUACGGAUCUUCUGAUAGCAAGUAUGACUGAUACCAGCUAAGUUAGACACUCAAUAUAAUAACGAAAGUGCAGUUCUGUUUCAUGGCUUGACCAGUAUUAUAUUCACGUUCAUUUACUUAGCCCUCAUUCAUCAAGCUAGUCAUUUACAGAUCAAUAAAGAUUUAUUGACCCUCUGCUAGAACAAAAUGCUAGGCUUUGCGGAUAGAGUAAAGAGCUAUCCCCCACUCUGAGAUUAUAACGGGGAAGCUAGACAUUGAACAAAGACUCCCAUAUUUUAAAUUUUCAGUUGAGACAAGUUGUUAUGGGAAGCAGCUGUCUAACUUCAUCUAGAAUAUCGAGAGGAGCCUCAACAGGUGGCAUUUGAGGGGAGGUCUGAGAGACGAGAUGUGCUUGGGGCAAGAGAAUGUUCCAGGUGCAGGAAGAACGUGUGUGAAUGUUGAGCUGAGGCCGAGGGUAGCAGGUUCAAGAAGUUGCUGGAGUGUACAAAGGGCAGAGAGAACGUCCAAGGCAGAGCAGCCACGUAAGGUCCGGCCUCGGGCUGCGCAUUGACCUUUAUCUCACCUUUAUCUUGUGCUCGGCUUUGUAUCAGGCACCUGUGUGCUUAAGAGCUACACUCUGGCUGCAGUGUUAGGGGCAGGCUGAGGUGGACAGGAGGCGUGCAGGAGCCAGGCUUGCCUUGGAUUUCACGGGAGGACGUGACAAAAGCCAGAACAAUCAGUGAUGGGGGAGUAAGAGUGACCAAGCACAAGUGCCCGCUGGGCUGGGCUGUAAAGUGAUACAGAGGUUUGCUUUCACAAAACCACUGUUCACUGUGCUUUUUAAAAAAUAACUUACUAUGAAAAACUUUAAGCAUUGCAAAGGUGAGCUGUAUCGUGGAAACAGUACACAGCCGUUACCCAGUGUGAACAGUCGCGUCCUAACGGGCAGGAGUGUCUGUCUGUCUAGCUGUCCCCUCCCCCACCUCCUGUAUUCUCAGCUGGACCCCCAAGACUUACCGUCUCAUCUCCAGCUGCACCACAUGAGGCUCUCUAAGCUUUUGAAGACCACUUUCGAAUGUUUCAUGACAGUAUCAUCACGUGCCGUUAAUGGUAUCUAGUCAAUGUUUAUAAAGUGAUUAGACACUGGGAAAUUUGGAGUUUCUUUGUAUGAAUCAAGAUCAAAUAAAGUUCACACAUUGCU